UUCCCCAUGGUAACGGUGUGUUGAUAGUCUUCAGUCAGUUGCAUGAUGAGACUUAAACGGCUGCACAUACGAUAUUACCCACCAGGGUUAUUCCUGGAUUAUGAGAAAGGUGGACAGUUAAAAACGAAAUCCAUCGAUCUGUUAAGUUUGACUCCAGAGACUGAUGUAAAUGAGUUACUGACAGACAUUAGAGCUGCCGAGCCUCUUAUCACUUCAUCAUGUGUCGAGCAGGUGAAAAUCCUCAUCCAAAAACUACAGGACAAAAUCGGCCAAAAGGAUGACCGCAAGUUCUACCUUUUCAGAGCACUUCAGGCUCACAUCUUACCCCUGACGAAUGUGGCCUUCAAUAAAUCAGGAUCGUGUUUUAUAACCGGAAGCUAUGAUAGGACAUGUAAAAUAUGGGACACGGCAUCUGGAGAAGAACUGCACACUUUGGAGGGUCACAAGAACGUUGUAUAUGCCAUCGCAUUCAACAACCCUUACGGAGACAAGGUUGCCACCGGCUCUUUCGACAAGACCUGCAAAUUGUGGAGUGCUGAAACAGGAAAGUGCUUCUACACAUUUAGAGGGCACACGGCUGAAAUCGUAUGCUUGGCCUUUAACCCUCAGAGUACCCUGGUUGCUACAGGCAGCAUGGACACCACAGCCAAAUUAUGGAAUGUUGAAAGUGGUGAAGAGGCGUCCACAUUGGCAGGUCACUUUGCUGAGGUCAUCUCUCUCUCCUUUAAUACAACGGGCGAUCAGUUGGUCACAGGAUCUUUUGACCACACGGCCAUUCUGUGGGAUGUUCCCUCUGGCAGGAAGGUUUAUGUUCUUGCAGGUCAUCGUGGAGAGAUCAGCUGUGUACAGUUUAACUGGGAUUGUUCCCUUAUUGUCACCGCCUCUUUGGACAAAACCUGCAAGGUUUGGGAUGUGGACAGUGGUCAGUGUCUAUCUACUUUGUUAGGUCAUAAUGAUGAGAUAUUGGACGUUUGCUUUAACUUCACUGGACAGUUGAUCGCAACAGCCUCUGCUGAUGGUACAUCAAGAGUGUAUAAUGCCAAAACAUUUCAAUGUUUAUGUAAAUUAGAGGGCCAUAAAGAAGAGAUAUCCAAGGUUUGUUUUAAUCCACAGGGGACACGCGUUUUGACAGCGAGCAUGGAUAAGACCGUACGUUUGUGGUGCGUGAGCACAGGAGCGUGUUUGCAGGUGCUGGAGGGACAUUGUGAUGAGAUCUUCUCGUGUGCUUUCAACUACGAGGGGGACACCAUCAUUACAGGCAGUAAAGACAACACCUGCAGGAUUUGGCACUGAGGCGCAAGCCGAGGAAAUGUUGGACUAACUCAGCUGGGGAUGUUACAGUAUUCCUACAGGAUUAUCUAUAGUAAUAUAUCAAGUACUGCCACAGUCUUUCUGCAGAAACGUGCAGGAAAAUAUUGACUCGUCCCUCAGUUUGGAAAAACAAUGCAUGUAGAGAAAUGCACUUACAAUGGAAGUUAAUGGAGCCAUCACUGUAUGGUGGCCCCACUGACUUCCAUUUUAACUGCAUGACUAUCAACACAGUUUUGACUGUGGAGUGACUGAAAAUGAUUUUUCGCAUAUAUUUCUUUGUGUUUAUUUAACACCCCUAUUUAGCAUACAAAUAUACUUUUAAAAUGGCGCUGGUUUAAUUUUAAAAAAUUAUUUUUCGUCGUAUUUACCCUUUUAUUUAGUUUUAUUCAUGCAUACAAGUGCAUUUUUUAAAUGACGCUGGUUCAAUGUUUAAAUUUUCAUGCAUUGUAUUUUUUUUCUGCAUUUGAUUCACACAAACAUGCCUUUUCCAAAUAAAAUGCCGUUGACAUCCAAAACACCAUACGCAAAUUUUAUUUUGAAAAGAUAAAUACAUUCAGAUACACUGUGACGGACCAGAUAGUUUGUGUGCUUUCAACAAUAUCAAAACACUUACAUUACUAUAAUGUCACUAUGCGGAGAGAACCGUAACGCAGCAGAUUUCACGUUUACAAGUCAACUUUUACGUGACAAAACUGUAUUGUACCGUACUUUAAACAUAUUCUAUACACUCUCAACCUUUACUGUAGUCUGGUGAGCCUUUUACGUUUGGUCCUGUCUUUGCCAUUAUAAAACAAAAAAAACAAA